ACCUCUCGCGAGCGCAGGAAACUGGAGCAACUCUCGCUUCAUAUUCUGUUUUAACUGUUUUUUUUCUGUUUUAAUGUUUGUUUGUUUGUUUGUUUUUAACUCAGAUUACCUGACGAAGGACUCAUUUUGCGGAAAGUGUCGUUUAAUGCAUGGUUGGUGUCGUUGAAGUCCGUGAUUUGUACUUUUAUCCCGGUAUUUUCCCCAGUGGAUCGGAUGGUGACGCGUCAGAAUAACUCGCAUUAUUAAACGCUCUUUCAUUCAGCUUUUAUUAUUUUUUACACUUUAUUAAACAUCAGUCUUAGUUUCCGAUUUGUAACGCUAAAGUAUUUUUUAUUUCUGCGUUUGUAUGAGGUUUAUUUUUAUUACUCCCCACUUUAGCUGCUGAUGCUAACUAGCGCAGGCCGCUGCUGGAGUUUAUUUAUAUAUUGACAUUUUUAUAUUUAUAUUCUCUAUGUGUAUAUUUGAGUAUAUGCCUGUAUAUGAGAGGCUUAUGGAAGUGCUUUAUUGAUCAUUGAUGUAGUCUCCAUCAGUCAGGUUCGUGUCUACAGUAAUGAGUGAUGUUUCUCUCUCAUUAUAAAGGCCUCGUUUAUUGAUUUGUGGCUCAAUCUUUGUCAAACCGCUUUAAAGUGACUAACUUGAACUCGUCGUUAAGUUUGAUGGCUUGACGAACAGUUUACGACGUAGUUGAUCUAUUAAAUGUGCUGGCUGUGAUUAGACUGGAUUCAAAAGAGAAGAAGAGGAGAAACAUACCCUGCUGAGAGAGUCAAGAUGAUGUGCGAGGUGAUGCCCACCAUCAGCGAGGCGGAGGUCAGCAGUAAUGGAGUGCUGGGCUCCGGCUCUCCUGUGCAGACAGACUCUGAGGGACACUUUGAGUCUCUGAUGGUCUCCAUGCUGGAGGAAAGAGACAGACUGCUUGACACGCUGAGAGAGACGCAGGAGAAUCUGUGUUUGACGCAGAGUAAACUGCACGAGGUCAGCCAUGAGAGAGACUCACUGCAGAGACAGCUCAACAGCGCACUACCACAGGAAUUUGCCGCCCUCACAAAGGAAGUGAGCAUGUGUAGAGAGCAGCUGCUAGAGAGAGAGGAGGAGAUUGCUGAGCUGAAAGCUGAGAGGAACAACACACGCUUGUUGUUGGAGCAUUUGGAGUGUCUGGUGUCUCGUCACGAGCGAUCUCUGAGAAUGACAGUGGUGAAGCGGCAGGCUCAGUCUCCCGCAGGUGUCUCCAGUGAGGUGGAAGUUCUUAAAGCUCUCAAAUCUCUUUUCGAGCAUCAUAAAGCCCUGGAUGAGAAGGUGAGAGAGCGGUUGCGUGUAGCUCUGGAGAGAUGCAGUGCUCUGGAAGAACAGCUCACAGUCGCACAUAAAGAGCUGGCAUUUUUUAAGGAUCAGAGCAUUCAGAAGAAAAUGAAAACUGAUGGGUCAACUGAAGUGAACCACAGUGCAGACUGCACUAAUGGCAAGCAGCGGUUGUCAGAUGUUUCUCUGGCUGUAGAUGAGGAGUUUGUAAAGGACAGUGAUCUACAGGAGCUGGUGGACAGACAGAGUAAAGAGCUAUUGUUGAUGAAGGAGCGUGUGGCAUCUCUCACUGGACGCAUCUCUGAGCUGGAGGUUGAUCUGGACACGGCACGCAAAGACCUCAUCAAAUCAGAGGACGCCAACACACGCCUGCAGAGAGACAUACGAGAGUCUGUUGCUCAGAAGGAGGACAUGGAGGAGCGCAUCACCACACUGGAGAAGCGUUAUCUGGCUGCUCAGAGAGAAGCCACAUCAGUGCACGACUUGAACGACAAACUGGAGAAUGAGAUCGCCAACAAAGACUCCCUGUUCUGUCAGAUGGAGGAGAAGAGCAGACAGCUUCAGGAGCGGUUGGAGCUUGCCGAACAGAAGCUGCAGCAGACUAUGAGGAAGGCCGAGACUCUACCUGAGGUGGAGGCGGAGCUUGCACAGAGAGUUGUGGCCCUCACCAAGGCAGAGGAACGUCAUGGUAACGUCGAGGAGCGUCUGAGACAGAUGGAAUCUCAGUUGGAGGAGAAGAACCAGGAGCUGCUUAGGGCCCGUCAGCGAGAGAAGAUGAAUGAAGAGCACAACAAACGUCUAUCAGAGACUGUAGACAAACUGCUGUCUGAGUCCAACGAGAGACUGCAACUGCACCUGAAAGAGCGCAUGACUGCUCUGGAGGAUAAGAACGCUCUGAUUCGUGAUCUGGAACACACAAAGAAACUGAUUGAAGAAGCUCAUCACGAGAAGGAGCAGCUGCUCAUUGAGAUCGAGACCAUAAGGUCAGACAGCGAGAGGGGGCGCAGUAGGAGCAACUCCAUGCUGCAUCAUGGGCGUUCUCAUGUGAGUGGCACGCCAGAUUUCAGGUACCCGGUGUCUGUGUCGACAGUUAUGGACAGCCACCACAGCGGUGCGCUGGUGCUCAGACGACCACAGAAAGGUCGAGUGUCUGCGCUCAGAGAUGAGCCCUCCAAGGUUCAAACUUUGGAUGAGCAGGACUGGGAUCGACUUCAGCAGGCGAAUGUUCUUGCUAAUGUGGCUCAUGCGUUUGAGAGUGAUCUGGACAUGUCUGACAUGGAGGACGACAGAGAGACAGUCUUCAGCUCGAUGGACCUGCUGUCUCCCGCAGGACAGACUGAUGCUCAGACGCUCGCGCUGAUGCUACAGGAACAACUUGAUGCCAUUAACAAUGAGAUACGAAUGAUUCAGGAGGAGAAGGAGAGCACAGCACUCAGAGCUGAGGAGAUUGAGUCUCAUGUGGGCAGUGGAGAUGAUCUGGUUGGACGUUUUUGCUCAAUGGCGUCUCUCCCACCAUCAUAUAUCGGCUCCUCUCACGUAGACUCCUCUCCUCCCGGAUCAGGUCACUCAACACCUCGCCGGCCUUCCCGAAGCCCCAGCCGAGAGAUCAACCGCAUGGGGGUCAUGACCCUGCCUAGUGACUUACGGAAGCAUCGUAGGAAGUGUGCACAAGAUGAUAAAGCCAUGAUCAGAUGUGAGACGUCUCCCCCCUCCACCCCCUCCUCGAUGAGACUUCAUAAAGGAGCGCUGCACACUGCCAGUCACGAGGACAUACGAGACAUCAGGGGUGCUGGUGUUCAGGAUGGUAUGGGCAGUAACCCCAGCAGCAGUAACAGCAGUCAGGAUUCACUCAAUAAAGGUGUGAAGAAGAAAAGCAUCAAGUCCUCCAUCGGCCGACUGUUUGCUAAGAAAGAGAAGAGCAGAGCCAAUCCAGUGGGGAAAGAAUCUGCCAGCACAGUUGGUACACCUGAUGGAGGAAGUGCUCAGGACUCCAUGACACUCGCUAAACUCGGUGGCCCUGCUGACAAGAGCAGAAAACUGCAGAAAAACCCAAAAUCAGGACAUGAAUUGCUUGAGGAGGCCUGUCGGCAGGGUUUGCCCUUCGCUCAGUGGGAUGGACCCACUGUAGUGGUUUGGCUUGAGCUAUGGGUGGGUAUGCCCGCAUGGUAUGUUGCAGCCUGCCGUGCUAAUGUGAAGAGUGGUGCCAUCAUGUCGGCCCUGUCAGACACAGAAAUCCAGCGUGAGAUUGGCAUCAGUAACCCUCUUCAUCGCCUCAAGCUGCGUCUAGCUAUUCAGGAGAUAAUGUCACUUACCAGCCCUUCAGCGCCACCUACCUCGAGAACGUCUUCUGGAAAUAUCUGGGUCACUCAUGAGGAGAUGGAGAGUUUGGCCAGCACACCACUCACGGAGGAUGAGGAGAGCAACUGGGCUCAGACUCUAGCAUAUGGUGACAUGAAUCAUGAGUGGAUUGGUAAUGAAUGGCUGCCCAGUCUCGGGUUACCUCAGUACCGCAGUUACUUCAUGGAGUCGCUGGUAGACGCUCGUAUGCUGGAUCAUCUGACCAAGAAAGACCUGCGCAGUCAGCUCAAAAUGGUGGACAGUUUCCAUAGGAACAGUUUUCAAUGUGGAGUCAUGUGUUUAAGACGACUGAACUACGAUAGGAAAGACCUCGAGUGCAGACGAGAGGAGUCGCAGCUUGAAGUCAAAGAUGUGCUGGUGUGGACUAAUGAGCGUGUAGUAUGCUGGGUUCAGUCCAUUGGGCUGAAAGAGUAUGCUGGAAACCUUCAUGAGAGUGGUGUCCAUGGAGCCCUCAUCGCCUUGGAUGAAUCCUUUGACCACAAUGCCUUGGCUCUCUUACUGCAGAUUCCUACACAGUGCGCACAGGCCAGAGCAUUACUGGAGCGAGAGUACAAUAACCUACUAGCUGCAGGAACAGAGAGGAGACUAGAGGAGGACGAUGACAAGAACUUCCGGCGUGCUCCGUCCUGGAGGAAGAAGUUCCGGCCCAAAGACGUGCGCGGACUGAGUGUGGGCUCUGCUGACACGCUUCCUGCGAGUUUUAGGGUGACCAGCAGUGGCCCAUCGUCUGCUGCCCUGAUGGCUAAGAAACCACAGCUGGAUGGUCCAGGGAGUGUGAGUGGUGUUCAGAGGUUGGAUUCCACUACAGUCAGAACCUACUCCUGUUGAUGUCACUCGGGUGAAGCUUCAGAGGACGAGCCCCCAUCAAGCUGGAACUUCAAUGGAUGACGAUUCGUUCACUGAAGAUCCGAAGCCCAUCAACACAAAAGACCAGAGUAUAUAUUUUACAUCUGAAUGCUUCUAUUUAUGACCUGAGGGACAUUUCAUUCCUUUAGCAGUGUCUUGUAUCGACUUUUGCUUGUUUUAUUUGUCACCUUUAAAUUCUCACGUC